AGAAAAUCCAGUGUGGGAGCGCACCGAGCCCGGCUCUGCUGUCUCUACUGUACCUCCGUGUGCGCGCGUGUGAGUGUGUCUGUGUGUGUGCGCGCGCGCCAGGCAGGGGCCAGUGUCGCUGCCGUGUCUCCUGCCAUGGAAGAUGGUCCACAUCAGCCCGGCACCUUAUUCUAACACUGUCACCUCUGCUGGGCAGGGACUGGUCUAUUCCUUUCUUUCUAACGGAAGCGGAGCCCGGAUGGGAGCGGAUGCGGAGCGCAGCAGCGACCGCCGGUGCGUCUCCAACUUGACCACCACCAGACAAUGGGAGUAGCUGAGCCGUGCUGCUGCAGCGCCAAGUGCCACUACUACUACUACUCGCCCCUGGGAGACAAGUACGAGAAGAAGAAGGAGACGCAGCAGCGGCAGGAGGAGGUGAAGAAGGAGGAGAGGGAGAGGAAGAAACGGAGACAGACUUGUUCUACCCGCAGACCUCCCUCUCUGAGCGGCGGCGCCGGGAGUCCCGCAACAGCCGAUACGCACGGACCCAGAGCGACGCUCCGGCUGCGUCUGGGCUGCGUGUGAGAGCAGAGCCGCAGAUCAGACACAGCUCUUCUGUGUGGGGUCUGUUCCGUGAGUGGAAUCAGGGAAUAUAACACACAUGCACAGUUGGUCAGUCCUGUGGAGCCGCUGAGACGCAGCUUCCUGCAGCAGAACCAGAUCUUUCUCCUGGUGGAUUAUGUUUCAUUUCUCCUGUGGACCGCGCACACUGGACUUCUCAGUAAUUGGGUGUAAUUGUGUGUCCAUUAACAGCAGCCUGUGAGCGGCUAACCUCCUCUCCGUGAACCCCCCCUCUGCUCCUCCUCCUCCUCCCCCUCUGCCCCCCUCCACCCCCCCGAGCCAAAACCUGGACGAGCUCCCUCCCGCAGCCCCGCCGGUGUCUCUGCCUGCCUCUGUCCGUGGUCCUGAGCGCAGAUCUCUGCUGGAUUUUGUGGAUUUUCCCGCUGUGGCUCCGGCACCGGAGGCGUGAGAGCGGACACAGGCGUGAUUUCAUGGCCGGUGAGGUCAUGAGCAUCCCGCGGCUCGGAACCGGCGACUCCGGGAUCUGAAACACUCACACACUCACACACACAAAGCGGAACAUUUUCGGCUCACCUUGGAGGUCAUAAACCACAACCACAAACCCCCCUCCCCUCUCCUCCUCUUCCUCCUCCUUUUCCACCACUAAAGGGAUUUGUUUUUUUACUGGAGGGGAAUUCAUCCUCUCAAGAGUGUGACCCCCUCCCUCCCUCCCUCCACAACACCUUGUCACCCCCCUCCAAACAAAAUGAGACUGGCAAAAAUGUGCCGACUAAACGCGCUGGGGAUCUAUUUGUGGGAAACGGUAGUGUUUUUCAGCUUGGCGGCGUCGAAAGAAGCUGCUGCGAGGAAAGCCGCCUCCCCGAUGCCGCCCUCCGAGUUCCUGGACAAACUCAUGGGCAAAGUUUCGGGUUACGACGCCAGGAUCCGACCGAAUUUUAAAGGUCCUCCUGUAAACGUAACCUGCAACAUUUUUAUCAACAGCUUUGGCUCCAUUGCUGAGACAACAAUGGACUACAGAGUGAACAUCUUCCUGAGGCAGCAGUGGAACGACCCUCGGCUGGCCUACAGCGAGUACCCCGACGACUCGCUGGACCUCGACCCCUCCAUGUUGGACUCCAUCUGGAAACCUGACUUGUUCUUCGCCAACGAGAAGGGGGCCAACUUCCACGAGGUCACCACCGACAACAAGCUGCUGCGCAUCUCCAAAAAUGGCAACGUGCUCUACAGCAUACGGAUCACGCUGGUCCUGGCCUGUCCCAUGGAUCUGAAGAACUUCCCCAUGGACGUGCAGACGUGCAUCAUGCAGCUGGAGAGCUUCGGCUACACCAUGAAUGACCUGAUAUUUGAGUGGGAUGAGAAGGGAGCGGUGCAGGUGGCCGACGGCCUGACGUUACCUCAGUUUAUCCUCAAAGAGGAGAAGGACCUUCGUUACUGCACCAAACACUACAACACAGGUAAGUUCACCUGUAUCGAGGCUCGUUUCCACCUGGAGCGUCAGAUGGGCUACUACCUGAUCCAGAUGUACAUCCCCUCUCUGCUCAUCGUCAUCCUGUCCUGGGUCUCCUUCUGGAUCAACAUGGACGCUGCGCCCGCCCGGGUCGGCCUGGGCAUCACCACCGUGCUGACCAUGACCACGCAGAGCUCCGGCUCCAGAGCCUCGCUGCCCAAGGUGUCCUACGUUAAAGCCAUCGACAUCUGGAUGGCCGUGUGUCUUCUGUUCGUGUUCUCGGCCCUGCUGGAGUACGCCGCCGUCAACUUCAUCGCCCGCCAACACAAGGAGCUGCUGCGCUUCAGACGGAGGCGACGACACAUGAAGGAGGAUGAGACGGGCGAGGGGCGCUUCAGCUUCCCUGGCUACGGCAUGGGCCCCGCCUGCCUGCAGGCCAAGGACGGCAUGGCCAUCAAGGGCAACAACAACAACGCGCCGGCCUCGGCCGCGCCCGAGAAGAGCAUCGAGGAGAUGAAGAAGCUGUUCAUCAGCCGGGCCAAGCGCAUCGACACGGUGUCCCGCGUGGCCUUCCCACUCGUCUUCCUCAUUUUUAACAUUUUCUACUGGAUCAUUUACAAGAUCAUCCGCAGCGAGGACAUCCACAAGCAGUAGUGAGGACGAGGAGGAGGACGAGGACGAGGAGGAGGAGGAGGAGGACGAGGAGAACGGUGCGAAGAAACAGAGAGACGGCUUCAGCAGGAGAUAUCAUGGCCCCUUUUUUCACGCCAACCACGCCUCCUUUCCUUGUCCUCUUCCUUCAUCCUCUUCCUCUUCUGGUCCAGGAUCAGAUGCUUUUUGUGGCGAUCGCCCCCUCAGCCCUCACCUGACCCCCCCCACCUCCUACUAGACGUUAUUUGAGAUAUUUAUUGCUUUGUUUUCCUGUUACCUGAGUCCCAGCCCCGACUCCGUCUCUUUACACGUCCUGAAUAAUCCGGACCAGUGCAAUAGCAAUGCAGUAAAAUGCAUGAUAUAUGAAUGUGGCAAUAUAUUAAUGAAAAGAUGAAAAAUGAAAAAGCAAACACACCCAACAGACUGUGUGGGAGUGGACGAACUGAAGGACAGAGUCUCGUAAAGGGUCUUGUAUUUGAUUUUAGUUUUUUUUGUGUGAAGACAGAUAUGAAAAUAUGAAACUGUGAUGUGGGGGGGUGAGAGGCAUACAGCAGUGUAAUAUACUCAUAUAUCUAUCAUAAAUGGAAUUUAAAUAUGAACCUUAUCUCUGAAGGUGGCGUCUGGAAAUGAGGGAUGGAGGAUCGGUGCUUCCAUGAAUUAAAGCGAUGCAAGGAUCACACGUUCUAUAUAUCUAGAUUUGCUUCAAAUGUGUAUUGCAGGCACUCGUCGAUGCUUUUCCUCCCCCCGCGCCCCCCCCCCCCCAACACCACGAAACCUUGAACUGCAGAGACACCUGAAGUUCGCUGCUGCCGCUGCCAAUCACACGACCGGACAACUAGAACAAGAAAAAAAGAAACACUGGACGAGCAGUGCAGAUGUUCGUCCACCUGUCGCUGCAGCUCUCCUUCUUUUGGUUCUUACUUUAUGUGCCAAUCAAACAUGUGGCUUGUGGCUGUGCAGCUCCAAACUUUUCCUAAGGAGGAAGGUGGGGGGGGGUUGAUUGGCGUCCCCUCACAUCCGUCCUCUGAGUUUUUAAUCCUUGAGAUCUUGGUUUGUUUUCAUCAGCUGGAGAAAGAACAAGUGGAUGUGGGAUCCUCGUUUGUUUCCUCGUUGUGUUCACUGGACUGAAACAUAGACAUGUUUACAUCUUAUUAGUGCUUCCUUGCUUUGACCCCGCCUUAAUGUGACACCCCCACCCCCCUCCCUCCCUCCCCCCAGCUGAGAGGACUUAUGUAGUAAACUGUACAGAUUAUAACACCUGUUAUACCUUAAUUAACUGUACUUCCAUCUCAUCCACAUGCACCAACUGUAGCUGCAGAAACAGCUCCGUCAUCAUCCACCUGCAGCUUUUAUUUGUUGGACAGGAUGUGAUCAGCAGCUCAGCUGGUUGCUGAUUUGUCUGAUUUGAUUUUCUCUCUUACUUUGCAGCAGCUUCUCUAUGCAAUGAUCAGUAUAUGCAAUUAUGAUUUUUUCUUCCUUUUAGCUCCUCCAUCUCCAGAACUCCACCCGUCUGAGAGUUCAUUCAUCCCACUGCUAACUGCUAAACAAAGUCUCUCAUGCUUAUCUGUGAAUAUGAGAAGAACUGAGGAGAUAAAAUGAUCAAACACAGGGAGAAGAGUGGAAACUUUAGCCCAGUGUCAGAAACUGAAAAAGGUUUCAGGUCUUUUUUCUCUGCGUAUGAAUUAUAACAACAGGUCGUUUCAUCUGCAUCGUUUACUCAAAAAAGUGCUUCUUUACCAGACAGAAAUUUACCAGGAGGUUUUAAUGAGAAAAGAGAAAAAGUUCAAUUUCUAAUUUUGUAGCUAAGCAGAGUUUAAAGUGAAUAAUUCAGUUUAAAACUUGUAUUUAUAUUUGUGUCUCCGUUUGUUUCAGAGACAUUCAGUAUUUUCCACAAUACAAGAGUUAGCUACCAUUAGCCUAGCUUAGCAUGAGUGGUUUAACAUUUUGGUCUGAUCACACAGUCGAGACCCAACGUGUAAAUUAGUUCCUUGUUGAAUUGUUUGUAGACAUAUUUGUUAAAGGUGAGGGUAGCAGGCUAGCUGGCUAAGCUAGGCUAAUAUUUAACAUAAAACAGUAUUUUUUCCUCAAACUUUGUGACAGAGAGAGAAUCAUUACAUUUUUUCAAAGUGCUGAACUGUUCCAUCACCUGUUUGACCGUCUUAUCUGUGAAGAACCACGUCAGUACGACAGAGUUUAAAAUGAAGCAAUCGACUGGACUUUUAUUGUGAAGUUAGAAAUGAGCAAACAAACAAACAAACAUCUCCUGGAUGAGUAUUUAACUUUUAUUUCAGCUUGUCACGUGCAGAGAAAACGUGUUUCGGUCUAAAGCAGCUGUUUGUCGCCAUAAAAAUAACAUUUCACUGAAAAUAUCUUCUUAUUAAAAUGUUUGAGCUCCAACUUGGUUUUGAGGAAAAACCAAAGAUUUGUUUUCUGUUUCUCGUGUUUGACGUAGUUGUCGGUGCUUUUUGCUGCUGUCAUCGGGAAAACACUUAAAUACAUCACGUUCACUCUGUCUCUGAGUUCAGUAACUGAUCACCUGAUACAGUAUUGGAUCAGGUUAACUUCAGAUACACAAAUAUUACUAUAAUAUAUACAAAGUAUUUUGAUAUGGAACAUUUCCCUCCACAGUCCUGUAUCAUCUCAUUUCAUUCAUCCCUUUUAUAUCAACACAACUCUGUAAAACAUGUUUUUAUUUGCUCAUUUAUUUUAGACAGAUCUGAAGGUCGAAGGUCACUGUUGAUUAAAUGAGAAGAGAUCUUUCAUACAGUGUGUUCACAUGUGCAUAUAGGAGAUGUUUCAUUUCAUCGAUUUAAGAUAGCUUUUUACUAAUUCAGUUAUGUCAGAGUGUGUCAGACUGAUGUGAAGGGCUAUGUCACACACAUAAACUCUUCUGUUCAUUUCUACCUGUUUUAACUUUAAAGUGGAGGUGCCAUAGAAAACGCUCCGUCCCAGGAACUAUGCAUUUUAUUCACUAAAACAUUCCCAGAUACAGUGAAACCUUUUCAAGGCCAUGAUCACCCAGGAUGCAUUUUGUUUACAGCAUUGAACAGCUAGCAUGUUUGUCUUACUGCACUGACACAAGACAUUAGUGACUUAUGUGUUAGCUUUAGCAGCAUUAAGUCCUCAGUUUUCCCAAAAAGCUGCUCAGAGAUAAAGCUAAAAGUAGCUUGCUAGUAUUACUGACUUUUGCACUUACAAAAUGUGAGAAGAACAGGCAUGGUAAGCUAGUCAGAAAGCUAGCAUGCAUGCUAUUCAGCUUGUUUAAAAGGGAAUUUAAGUGCAACUUCAGAUAAAACUCCUUAGUUGUUCCAAAACGCAGCACGGAGCUAAUACAGUUAGCUUGUUUAUAAUGUUGAUGUUUGUGUUUACGUAGAAGCAGUGUGACCAUGGCAUUUAGUUAGUCAGAAAGCUAGCAAACAUGCUCUUUAGCUUAGCUGAGAGAAAAUUUUGUGUGCAACUUGCAAAAUUUCUUUGCAGAGACAGAUUACACCUUCGUUCGUGGUCUUUUAUUGCAGCCACCACAGAUACAGUUCACACUAAAACCCCUUAUUUUCCCAAAAAGUAGCUCAGAGAUGAUGCUAAAAUACACUUGCUUGUAAUAUUGACUUUUAUGCUUAAAUAUUUAGACGCAAUGUAGCAAAAUGUACGAACUGUAAAACUGAGCACACGUGUUAUUCAGCUAUUGAAUUUCAGAUGGUAUUUGUGUGUUGGCCAAAAUGAUUCAGGUGUUUCAUGUUCUUUGUAACAUGCGAGUAACACACUACAAAAAGCAAAAUGCAGCUCAGUUAGCUGUAAAAUUAGCGUGCUAGUAAUAUUAACUCUGAUUAUGUACGUAGAAGCAAUGUAGCAGAACAGAUUAUAAGUCAGCAUUUAACUCUGUUAAAAAGCAAACAGACUGUUUAUCUUAAACAAGGCAGUUUUAUUUCUACAGCACGUCACAACUAAACAAAAGACAUUCUUCAUUCUGAAUAUGAUAGGUGCAAGAUGCAGCUUUUGUUAGCGGACGGGUUCAGAACAGAGUCUCUUACAGUUUCAAUGCCAAAAUAAAUGUUUGCUGAAAAAGAAACAGAUGUAGAUUAUAAACCAGUGCCAUAUAGAGUUCCUUCAGGGCGACAGAUUUACAUUAAUAAUGAAAACCAGCUCUAACUUCCUGUGUUUGUAGCAGCAUCUCCUCUCUGAUCACGGCCGAAACCCGACUGGGAAACGUCAGCGGACUCAGUCUAAUUCGGAUUUUUCCCUUUGUGCCAUAAAAACUUAGCAUCUGGAGAAAGUCCGAUCUGUCUAUCAGCCUGUUUACCAACAGCAGUCGUCCACUUUCCAGAGCGUUCGUACAUAUCUUCUCGUGCCAUAUGGGGGUUGAAUAUGCAACUGAGAGACGAGGACCUUUGAGCAUAUCAGGCAUUCAUUCAGCCGCCAUUUUACAUGAAGUAUUUUUCCACGUAUUCAUCCCCUUUCCUCAGGCGUGGGUGUUGUGUGUAUCAUAGUCAUUUUAGAGCUUCGUCAUAGGCCUCACAUCAUUGUAUUAAUCAUUGUUCUACUGUGUGGGGUUGGGGAGGGAGGGGUUCAUAACAUGAGAUAGAUACUGGGUUUAUAUUGCAUUACGGUGCGAUGUGACGGACUGAACAAUGACGGACGAGUUUUUGGACGUUUAUAAAUCCUUAGGUUCUGAACUGGAUUUUAAAGUAGCAUGGUUUGAUUUGUUGAUGAUUAACGAUUCUAUUGGUUUUUGGGGUUUUGUUUGGUUCUCUUGUAUUUUAUUGUAUGUAUUGUAUAAUUCAAUGCGCUGAGGGAAAAGGAAAAAUACAGUGACUCCUGAACUGAGCUGUGAACUAAAGGAAACAUUAUUAUUAUUAGAAUUAUUAUAUUUAUUUAUUUAUUUUCUUUGCACAAGUUGGAAUGGCCUUAAUUUUGCUUUACUUGCUUCUAUUGUGUAUUGGCACAAAGUGCACCUGUUUAAUUUGCAGAAAUUCUGAUGCUCAUUAUGAUGCUUAUAAUCUGAGAGUGCACAUCAAAGCAGGAUGAAAAAAAAGAAAAGUUCAGCAAAUCCUUUUUAUUUUUCAUUAAUCUGAAAAACAAUAUUUUGCAUGAAUAUAAAUACAAUGGCAGAUAUUUUGGCUUGUACAAAAAAAUGUGAAGCAAUUUGAAGAGAAAAAAAGAAUGUACCGUUUCUGCUGUAUCUGUAUAUAUCUAAAUAUUUAUUGAAAUAUGUCAUACUACUAAUUCUAUUAACGAUUAAAGGUUUUCUGAACAAAAAUCUCUUUACCUGUUUUUGAACAUUGUCAAGGUUGUUGGAGUUGGAUCUUUUCCUUUCUGUUACUCGACUCAAGGAUCUGUGUAAUCAUUAAAGAAAAAGUAUUAAAAAUUGCAAAUAAA